CGGCUUGCUCUCAAUCGAGCGCGGCGCAAAGAAGGACCGUCCGAGGACCGGGCAGCCAAAACAGGGCAGCCAAAGAGAGAGUACUUAAGCGGUCACGAACGGCAGCCAAAAAGGGGCAGCCCCAUGCCGCGCCCCCGGCCCCCCGGCUAUAUACCGCCACCCGAGAAGCAUGAGGAAGGCACGCGCCGCGCCGACCGUAUUGUGGGGAAGGAAGUCGUGAACCGCAAGCUCCAGAUCUAUUUGAUGAGACGGGCGGAAGCCGACGCCGUGGCGGACCUCGUCGAGCCGGGGGCGCCGCCUCCCAAUUUCAAGCUCGUCUUCGACAAGUCUGGAAGGUCGCAAUACAAGGUGCGCUGCGCCUUCGACGCGGAGCGGACCGCUGUUACAUAUGGCUUUGAGGACACGAGCAGCCUCUUCACGCUCGAGGGGCGGCCGCGGACGGCGAAGCGGCCGAAGACGCGGACCUCGAGUAGGCGAAGCCGCCGGGUGUCCGAGCUGACGGACGACGAGAGCUGCAUUCGGCCGGCGACGGCUAUGGCAGCGACGCUGCGGGCGUCUCUAUCAUCAACGCUCGACACGCCGCCGCCAUCGAGGCCGCGGUCGGCACAGUUGUCGCGCAGAUCGAGCGCCGCGACGCCGCGCGCGCGGCCGUCGACGGCGACCCUGCGGGCGUCGCGCGGCUCGCGCGGCUCGGCGGCGGGCCGCGGCGCCGAGGCCGCGCGGCAGCGGCGCGAAACGUUACAACGGGAGCGCGAGGACAUGUUGCGGGGCGCCGUCGAAAGGAAGGCCGCGGCGUGCGGCACCGAGGGCAACGUCGUCGAGUUCCGCAAGAAGCAGCACGCGCGGCGGGAGCGGUGGUUGGCGGCCUGCGCCCUCGCGGCGUCGGGUUUGGACCUGAAGCGCCGCGCUACAACAGUAGAAAAGCGCCGCGAGACGGAUUCUGAAUGGCGCGCCGAGAAUCAAGCUGCCAAAAUUCUAGGAAGGAACUGGCGCAGCCAGCGGAUCAGAAGGCACGUCUACUGGUCCGCGCGUUUGGCGGUUGCCGUGAAGCAGAACCUGCGGUUGUUAUUGGCGAUCCGCAUCGACAGAAAAAGGCGGGCCGCGCGGCGGUUGCGGUGGUUCUUCGCCCAGACCCAUCUAUUGCGGUUGCUCAAGUACGGCUCCGGCAAACUGCACGGCGCCGCUAAAGUGCUACAGCGUGGUACGCGAUCACGGCAGGCGGCGACGCGCGCGCGGCUUUCAGUGCUAAGGCUGCUCUGGUUAAGGGUCGAGGACGAAUUGGACGCGGCGAAGACGGCGAAGCUCAAACGAGAAAGUUUAAGAGCAUCGAGGGGCUCGUGGGACGGCCACCCCGAGUACAUCAUUGGUAUGAAGGCAUAUAAACCAGCCCUCAAGUGUUUACGCAAUGAAGAACCCUGGGAGAAAGUCCAAAAAAAACUGGAUCGGAACCGCAAGAAGCUCGUGCGACUGAGGGUGGUAGACCACGCGGAUUUCGGGCGGACGCAGGACAAGCUGCUUGAUAGUGUAGAGGGUGCGGAAAACGCGCCCUACGAUCCAAGGAGGGAAGCUGGUAUUUUGCGCUUGCUGAAUGAAUUAAGAGGCGAGCAUUCGGUAAGGUACGCGAACUCGAAGGACCGCCAAGCCGCGCAGCAGACGCGGACUUUUAGUCGGGCGUCGGCCGCGCACAUCCUUGCUUUGGACCGCGGCCCGCGAGCUAAGGUGCCUCAACCGGUACCCGUCGAUCCUAGGUUGCUCAUGUGGCCAGUCAUGAACUUCUAUAGGCCGCCGCCGCCGCACCGCCGCGUCGCGUCGCUGCUAAAUCCGGAGCAGUGGGGCGGUCGUGAUUGUUUGGCCGAGCGCGUGCGGGACCGCGUGCUCCUGAGUCGGACGGGCGUGACCAUGUUCUCUGCCAAGGCCUUCACUCCGGACGGCAAGUCCGCGGCGGCCGCCAAGGCGUCGGCGUUUACGAAGCGCUUCCGCGAGUUCACCGCGAGGAAGGGCGCGCCGACGUAG